GAAAAUAAUUAGGUUUUUUGUUUUAUUAUUUUAAAAAUAAUAUACACAAUAAUAAUACAUAAAUAAGUAUUUUUCCUAUCAGGAUCCGAAAAUCGAGAUCAAGUCAUUAAGAUUGCCUACUCGAAAUACUCGAAAAAUCCAAAUAGAUCCUGUGACGAAAUAAUGAAAUAUUCGACUUGGAGAAUCCGUUUUUUAUACGAAACUGUGAAAUUCAAAUGUGAAUAUGCUCGACCAAACAAGACUCAAUUGUUACAACAGUAUCCCGAUAUGCAUUAUUAUACAGCUCAAGUAUUUAAUGGGGAUGCUGAUAUUGCAACUUCACUCCAAAGUGUUUCAUUUCAGUUGUUUAGUACAAUCGAUUUUUCUUCACCCGUUGACUCUCUGGCAAUUAAAUUCAUUAUUCAACUAAACCAUAAGAAACUGUCGUGGCUGGCAAUAAUUAAUCCCUUCUCACUUUGGGUAUGGCUAGCAAUUUGCAUAACCACGACGGUUGCUGGAAUAUUGUUAUACAAAAUUAUAAAUUUCAGUUUUUCAGUAACUAGAAGAGAGAAAAUAUGGAAUUAUAAAAAUUUAUGUUGGUUUCUUUUCGCAACGUUCGUUAAUCAAGGAGUGAAUUUAGCGUCAAUUAAAAGAAAUUCGUGUAGAUUGUCUCUCGGCCUUUGGUUGUUACCUGUCCUAAUUUUUGUCUGGGGUUACGGUGGCAUUUUGACGUCUUUCAUGACAACUCCGCCCGAAGAUGUCGUACCGAGAACAUUUGAGGAGUUGGCAUCUGCUGUAGAAAAAGGAGAUUUUUCGUGUAUAGCACGCAAUGAUCCCACGUUGAAAUAUUUCCUUAACAAUUCAAAAGUUUCCUACGUAAAUACUUUAAUGAAUCAUCUGGUAGUAAAUAAUAACUUCGAGUCUUUCUAUUUCCGUUUAUUUGAUCGAAUGGCUUCUGGAAAGGUAGCUUACAUCACUUCAGAGAGUGCGAUUAAGAAUAUUAUUGCGUUCGAGCCGUACAAUAAGUUCUUCGUAUCGACCGAUGUUCUCUAUACAAGUUAUUCUGCCAUUCCGAUGAAGAAAGGAUUUUCUUACAAAAAUCUUCUGGAUAAAAUCAUAAUGUCUGAUUUUGAAGCGGGAGGACUCAUUAAAAGAAAAUUUUUUGCUCAGUUGAGUGAAAUGGAGCAAUCAGUGAAACCGUUGAAAAUUGAAAAUUUCACUGGGGCAUUUUUAAUUUAUAUUGCGGGAUUCGUACUAUGGCACAGGGGCUAUAAUUUCAAGCAAAGUUACGUAGGAUUAUUACGACGACCAAGAAAAACUGUGAUAGAUAGACCUGGUGAUGGAUGUUACACAUAUUCGGAACAUUCCCCAAGCACUAUGUAUGAUGGAACUCAUGAAUUAUAG